CCCUUUUGUAGUCCAAAUCAAAAAACAUCCUUCACCAACAUGAAGAUCGCCAUCAUUACAGAGAACUGGCUUCCAAAAGUCGACGGAGUCACACGAACACUGGCUCGGCUACUCGAGCAUCUACAACUUGAAGGUCAUCAAGCUAUUCUCCUUGGUCCCGAGAGUGGAAUGGAGACUUAUGCUGGCCAUGAACUAGUUGGAACAGCUGGUAUUCCCUUUUUACCUUAUCCAGAGCUAAAGCUAAACUUAUGGCGUCCACUGUUUGGCAAGAAGCUCCAGGAGUUCAAGCCAGACGUAAUUCAUCUAGUAGAUCCGGUAUUUCUCGGUGCUGCGGCCUUGGCAGCAUGUUACCUUUAUUGUCCAGAUGUUCCCAUGGUCUCUUCUUAUCACACCAAUCUCGCAGCUUAUUGCGGCCACUUUGGUUGGGGCUUCUUCACACCUGCUAUGUGGAGCUGGAACCGAUUCUGCCACUCCCAUUGCCGAUUGACCUUCUGUCCCUCCCAAUCCACUACUGACAUGUUGAAAAAACAAAACUUCAAGAAUUUAUGCAUAUGGCCACGCGGUGUCGAUAUCAGUCUAUUCUCACCACAACGAAAAUCGAGCGAAUUACGAGCACAAUGGAUGGGUCUUUCAGAAGAAGAAGCCAGUCAAAGAACCGUCAUCCUAUACGUUGGUCGAGUAUCCUUUGAGAAGAACCUCGGCUUGGUGAUUCAAAGCUACCGACGAAUGGAUCACAACAAGUGCCAUCUUGUCAUUGUCGGACAUGGUCCAGCAUUCGACGAAAUUCAAACUGAAUUGGCAGCUUCCAACACGCCUGUCACUUUCACUGGUUAUCUUCAAGGAGAGGAUUUGGCCACAGCCUAUGCAUCUGCUGAUAUAUUUGCCUUCCCAUCUUUCACUGAAACUUUCGGUCAAGUGGUGCUAGAAUCCAUGGCAUCUGGCCUUCCUGUGGUCGGCCUUAACGCUGAAGGCGUUUGCGAUUUAGUUGCCCAUGAAAAAACUGGUUUGCUCUUGGAUGUGACAGACGGUAUGUCAAGAGAAGAUCAAAUUGAAGGAUAUCAAGCCAACUUGGAACGCCUCGUAGACAAUGUGUCUUUACGAACCACCAUGGGUCGCGAUGCAAUUGUCUCCUCUCGCAAAUACACAUGGUUUGAAGCAAUGGAGAAGAUGGUGCAAGGAUAUAGAGAAGUCGUUGCUAGAAAAGAAGCUGAUACUAUCAAGGACUCGGACAGCGGCGUUGAAGAAGAUUUCGAUGAAAUAGAAGGAGACGACCAUGAAGGCAAUGAAGAAGAGGAUGAUGUCGAAGUCAUGUCAGACAGUUGUGAACGAACUACGGAGCGGGCUCCCUUGAUGUCCACAGCAUAAAUCGACCUUUUCCAGCGACACUCUCCAAAACCACAUCUCUUUUUAUAUUCUUUACAUAUUUCAUAUAGUCUUUUUGUCCCUUUCAUACCCUUACCUACAGUCUUCCUCGCGUUCUCUCCCCCUCUAUCAUCACUUCCCGGUUUUUCUACUAUUUAUCCAUCCAACUAGUUACAUGGCUCCUCCUCCUUUCCAUAUAU